CGGGUGAGUCACUGUAGGUUAGAUAAGUUUUCAACCAUGUUAUCGUUAUGUAACGGGCCGUGAUGGACAAAUUUCAAGGUUCGUCUAGUCGUCUAGUCGACAACACCAGCCAUCAACCCAAUACUAUAGUUUUUACUCACUACUUAUUAAUUAUUAUGGGCAUCUUUGUUUUAUAGUUUAGGCAUACACAAUCCUACUUAAUAUUAUAGUAAUCGAUUUUUGUUUUUUAUCAAAUACAGCAAAGUACUGCAUAAACUACGAAGUUUUCUACCAUUGUUGACUUUUUGUUAGACAGAUACCUAAUUUAUUAUUUGAAAUGGAAAGACCUACCAGGAAAAUAAAACAGGUUUGUAAAUACUAUUUUUUUAAAUUAUGACUGUUUAAUUUAUUGCACUAAUUGUGUUUGUUUAAUUAUUUAUUAAUGUUAUUUUUUCGUUAAAACUAAAUCUGAACUUUUGUCUGAAUUUAUUGACUAUUGCACCAAUUUUAUCUUGUUAUUUACGUAUUAACUAUUUGUACCUAUAUUUUUUUAUAGAGAUUCAUCUUUUGUCAGCAUUGAAUUCAGGGCCAGAGAUGAAGGUUAUAAAAUAUGGUCAAUAUAGUUUUGAACUUAUUGUACAUUUUAACUUUUCUAAGUUUUAGUGAUUUUUAUCAUUUGUUUGUAGAUACAUUUCUAACUUAAUAUAUACUUAAUUAAUUAUCUAAUAAACAAAAAUGAAUAUUUACAAUCAGUGGCGGGUUUUUAACAUUUUUCUGGGAGAAGUUUUGACAAAUCUUAUUAAUAUGUCUUAAUUUUUUUUGUAUGUAAUUUUGUUUAAAUUAUAUUGGUGUCUGGAGGGAAGUUCCAGACCCACUGAACUAUAAAACCGCCACUGUUACAUUUUAUUAUAAUCUAUUACUGACAGAAUAUGUAACAUUCAUUAUGUAUUUAUCAUUAUAAAAUGAGUUUCAUGUUAAACUUAAAUAGUUUUAAAUUCGUUUUUUUCAUAAUUUAACUAAAUAAAAUGUAUAUUAAAUUAUAUCUAUAAUAUAUAUUAAAUAAAUAUUUUAAGAACACUAUAGAAACAUUUUUGUUACAUAAUAAAUUAUAAAUUACUAGGCAGUAAAAAGCAUUUUAAAUAGAUAAACAUUUUUUUAUCACAUAAUUAUAUCGUUAUUGGUACAUUAUAUUUCAAAGUACUUACCAUAAACUAAUAUUGUUACCAAUUUAAAACUAUACAUCUUAAACCUAAAUGAGUUCAAUUCCAAUUUAGUCUACAUUUUUUAAAAAAUUGCAAAUGCCCCAUUUAUUAUUCUAUAUACUUUGUUUUCUGAUAUUUUUUUUAUUAGUUAUAAAAAAAAAUUAAAAAAUGUUUUUCUAUUCAUUCUAUGUAUAUAAAAAACGAAUGUUUGUGUGUUUGUCCUUUAUGCAUUACUAUACCAUUCGUCCAAUUAUUAUGAAACUUAGGGAAGUUGUUGAGUGCACUUUUACUCGUUAACUCCACCAUCACCUAUAAAAACUGGUUUUUAGAUACUUUAGGUACAAAGAUAAAAUUAUUAUUUUUAUCAAUGGGGUACCUUGGUAAUACUGAUGAAAAACAAAUAUUAAUUAACUGGGUUGUUUUGAGCAAAUUCUUAUUAUGUCUAUGGUAUGUAUUCAAUGAAUAUGUAUAAGUAACUAAUUAUUUUUUUGUCGCAUGUGUUGAGAAAAUAUUUAAUUUUAACUACCAACAAAGAAAUCAAUAUUAUGUACACUUCAGUUUGUUUGUGAUAUAAGAUAUAUCUUCUUUAAUCUUUUAAAUACUGCAUUGUCGACAGUUAGUCGAUCUACAUUUGAAACACAAAAGACAAAGGCAUUAUGGAGGAAGCAAGAUUAGAAAAGGAAUAUAGGUAAAAUAAAUAAAAAAUUAGCAUAGGCAACACUGGGCGAGACAGCUUGUCAUUUUUAUACAAGUGAUUUUAAUUAUUAUUUUCCAAUACUUAUAACCAAGACUCAAUUUUUUUCCUAUUUAUUACAGUAAAAAGUCCUCAAGAAAAAACUUUCACAUUGAAUAAUAACUUAUAAUUGUUUUAUUAUUUACCACCUAUCAGUUACCUAGCUAAUGAUAUGAAUUAUUGUAUAUUAUGAUUGACUUUAUUAUUUAUAUUAUAAUAAACAUAAACAUAAUAAUAUAAUAUACCUUUAUUGUAUAUACAUUUACAUGAAGUACCAUUAAAAUAUAGAUACUCAUAAUACAUCCUUGAUUUAAAUAUAAUAUUGACACAAAUGCUGGUUGUAUCCAUACACCACAUUUUAUUUAUAUUUAUUACAAAAAUACUAAUAUAUUUAUUGCUACAAUUUAUUUAUUUAAUUCCCUGUUAUAUACUACUUAAUUUAAAUGUUUUAAAUGGUAUUUGUGAUACUCAUAUACUUGACUAAAAUUGAUUCAAAAUUAUUUUUAUAAUAUGGAGAAAGAAAAUAUGCAUAUUAUGAAUUUAAAUAGUCAUGUAAGUUAUAAAGUUAUGAUUAUUGAUUUUUUUUGAAAAUCAGUUAAGUAUGAGUUAAUGGUAUCUACUUAGAAGGAAUAACUUUUGUAAAUUAUUAUUAUUAGAUAUGAAUAUAAUAAAAUAAAGAAUAAAUAAUUACUAGUGAGUCAUGAUUAUGAUAAGUGCAGGAAUAUUAAUUAUAUACCUAAUUAAUACUUUUGUUUAUAAACCACAGUUUUUAUAUUUACUUUUUAACCAAACUUCAUAAAUGUGCAAUAUUUUUAACACUAACAGAAAAUAAUAUUUAAAUAAUAUAUUCAUUAUAAGAAUAAUCUUAUAUACUAAUUUGAUCAAUAAAUUGAAAAAAAAGUAAGUUUAAUUUCAUGUAGAUACAUUUCAUUAUAAAUUGUUAUAUGUACAAUUUUCAAACAAAUAAUCAUUAGUAUUAAAUUAGUACCUAUGAAAAACAGAUUUCUAUACAAAUUAUAGCUAUAAGUAUUGGAGUUUACAUUUUUUUUUUUAAUGAUACACUUUUUGUACUAUACAACAUAAUUUUUAAUGGAAGUUGUUAUUACAGUUCAAAUUUGAAAAUAAAAAAAAAUGUGAGCUAAGCCCAAUCAAUUAUAUAAUUUAUUUUUAUUUUAUUAAUAUUGUUCUUGAUUCUUUGUUUACAGAAUAUUAAAAAUGAUGAUUCUUAUUCCAAUGACAAAACUAAACCCAAAGUUGUUCAAAGUAAUAAAUAUUUACUAUACAGCUUCCUGGCUAUAAUAUUCAUGGUAGUAUAUUGUAAGUAAAAUACAAAUUUAACAUGUUCAACAAUCAAUUUUAUUUUAACAAUUUCAGCUUAUUACACAAUAUAUAAAUCAGAUUUUUUUACGAGUGAUGAUAAAAUCCAGCAAGUGUCAGAACCUGCAUAUGCAGUUAUUAUUGAUGCAGGAAGUACUGGUUCUAGAGUGUUAGCAUUGGCCUUUAAAAAAACACCCAGUGAGUAUUAUAUACUAAAAAAUUAAAGAAUACUAACGUAAUUAUUAAUAUUUAAUAUUAAUUUUUUUAAAGGUGGUUCUUUAGUGUUAGAAGAUGAAUUAUUUGUACAAGUGAAACCAGGUUUAUCUAGUUUUGCAGAUGAACCAAAAAAAGUAAAUGUUUUAAAGCAAAAAAAAUUGAAUAUAUUAUUUUGAGUUAAUUUCUUUUUUAAAUAUUGUAGGGUGCUGAAUCAAUUGAUCAAUUAUUAGCCAAGGCUAAAAAUUUUGUGCCUGAGAAAUUUUGGAAAAAUACACCUCUUGCAAUGAAAGCUACGGCUGGUUUAAGAUUAUUACCAACAGAAAAAGCAGAUGGACUUCUCAAUGAAGUAUUUUUCAAAUCUUAUCUAACAAAUUAAUCUUCAAUUUCAAACAGUAAUUUUUUUCUUCUUUAGAUCAGACAAUUGUUCAAACAUAAUCCGUUUUACACAAAUACAAAUUCCGUGUCCAUAAUGGAUGGUAUUGAUGAGGGUCUUUUUUCCUGGUUCACUGUUAAUUUUCUCCUAGGUAAAUAUUUAUGUUAUAUUACAGUAGCUUGUAAUAUUUAUUUAUUUAUUUAUAUGUAUAUACUUUUUAGAUCGUUUGAAGGGAAAAUUAACAAAUACAGUAGCUGCACUUGAUUUAGGUGGUGGAUCUAUACAGAUCACUUUUAUUCCUACUAGUAGUAAACAAAAAUUACCAGAAUUUGUUUCAGAAUAUUCAAUAAUGAAUGAAAAAGUGAAUUUAUAUAGCCACAGGUAUAUUAAAAUAAACAUUUUCAGACUAUAUCUCAAAAAAUAAAAUGUUGUUUAGUUAUUUAGGUCUUGGAUUAAUGGCUGCGCGAAAGAGUGUUUUGACUGUUGAUGGUGAAACAUUUAAUGUUACUAGUCCAUGUGUUCAUGAAGCAGCCCGAGGAACACCAUAUAAAUUUGGUCAAAACACAUACCAUGUAAAGUAAGUAUAAAAUAUUUAUAUUUACUAAAUCAAGUUCAAAAAGUUUUAUACAAAAAUAAUCAUAUGCUGUAUCUACAAUUUUCUAGUAAUAUUUUAACUAUAUUAUAAUAUUUAUUAUAGUGGAGCUGUAUCAAAAAAAGGUCCUGCUGUUGAUUAUCAGCUGUGUAAGAGUAUUAUUGAAGCUGUAGUUAAAACUGUUUACACUGACAAACCAAAAGAUUUACGUGACCAAAAAAUAGUAGCAUUUUCAUACUUUUAUGAUAGAGCACAAGAUGCUGGACUUGUUGGUAUGAUUUCUAUGCAUUUUUAAAUUAAAAAAAAUUAAUGCAAAUAUUACUUAUAGCUUUUAAAGACAUUGUUAAUGAAUAAUUGUAUCCCUAAAAAAGACAGACAUACUUCAUACAAUGGGUGGACCACUGUUGUAGAUGAGAAGUUAGGAAGGUAGGAUAUAGAGGGGAAUUUAAUGUAUAUCUGUAAGCAAAAAUUAAUCAUUGCUUAUAAAAAAAACGAUUCUGAGCAAAAUUCAGUUAAUAGUAUUGAUUUUGUUUUUUUCCUGUUACCUACCCGACGUAGUUUUCCAAAAAAAAAAAAAAACAGAACUUGGUUUGAAUUUGCAAUCUCUGGGAUAACAACCACCAUUAGACUUUGAAAGGCAACUAUAAAAUUGACGAUAUUUAGUUAUGUAACUUAACACAUUUAAUAUCUGCAUAAUAUUAGAACAUCAAAAACUUACAACUUCGAAACUAAGAAAGUACGCUCCUCACUUCACCAUCAUUCUUAAGAGGACGUUAUACCCGUAUUUACUGUUUCAGUCUAACCACCAGGUAACAUGCAAAAACAAUGCUUACACAGAAUAAGUAAAACUAGGUUAAUUUUGAUUUUAGAGUAAAAGUACCUAUUAUGAAAUUUUUAGAGAACAAUAUAGGGAAUGUCUUAUGGUUUUUGUAUUAUUCAAAAUAUACAGAUCGCUAUAAAAGAUACAAAACCUUUAUUUUUUUUUUAUUUUUUAAAUAGUUAUAACUUUUUUAAUAGUUCAUAAUUCUAGAAACCCUUAUAUGUUACCUCCAAAAUAUUGUUCUUUAUAAAUUUAAUAUUAGGUCCUUUUACUCUUAAAUCAAAAUCAAAAAAUUGUUUUACUUAUUUUGCGUGAGCAUUGUUUUUGUAUACUACCCGAUAGCUUGGACUGAGACAGUUAAUGCGGGUAUAACGUCCUCUUAAAUUGGCAAUACACAUAUGUUCAAAAUAAAAAAUUGAAAAAUUUGCAUGGAAAAGUAACUAGAUUUGUCCCACAUAAUUUAUAUUCAAAAUGAUUUUUGUCAAAAUUUAAUAAUAAAAUUCCUUUAUAAAAAAAAAUACUACAUUAAGCUCAUUAUUUUUUGACCACAAAGAACAACUUAAUGAACCUCCUGUUAAAUUUUAAAGUAUUUCUGUUUAGUCCAACAAUCUAAUCCACUAAGUACCUACCAAAUAAAAAUUACAUACAAAAUUCGCAAAAUUAAAUUUUUUAUAAAUAACUCAAAAAUGGGUCAAAUGUUUUGAACAUUUUACCAUGUCUAGAAAAGGCAAAUAUAAGUUUUCUGUAUAAAUUUCAUAUCUACAUAAAUGUUUAACUGAAUUACAACAAAAAACAAAAUUGAAAAUAAUAUAUGCAUUAUUUUUGUAAAUUUCACCGUUUUCUUACAUUUUAUCUCGGAUUUUCCCAUAUAUUAUAAAAACCGCUUAAGAAAUCAAAAAAUGACCUUCCCAAAGCACCAUCUAGACAAAGUUUCCUUUCAAAAAUGGUACCACAUUUGCAUAUCAGAGCAAGAUUUAUGGUAGAAAUUUUUGUCACAGUAUGAAAAUAAAAAAAAUAAACAUUAUAAACCCAGUAAAUUGCUGCAUUCACAAUCUAAAAAAGUAUUAAAGUAUCCUAUAGCCAAAUAAAUUAGGAAAUUAAAUUAUGAAUCUCAAAAUUUUGGGAUACUUAUCAGGGUUUUGCAAAUUUUCUGAACACUUGCAGCCUCACAAAUUUACUGAUGCAUGUUUAUUUAAUUUUUGAAGUUUAUUUCCAAUCAAUGAUAUUGCAUUUUUGGUAACAUUCAAUUCAAAACAAAAUAAUUCCUACAAAUCUUAUUCAGUUUUAAAACACGCACCUUAGCAAAUUCUCAUUCAGUAGGAAUAAUUUUGUGCUGUUAGGUAGAAUAUUAGUUUAUUAGAAUGAAUUGAACAAUAUCAAACAUAAAUAUAAAAACAUUACAUUUAUUAUUAAAUGUAUAAUGCUAUUAUUAAAAUUGUAUUGUUUAGGAGAAGAUGGAGGUGAUGUAACCAUUAAGUUAUUUUAUGAAGCUGCAGAGAAAGGUAUAGUAUCUGUUUAAUUAGUUUAAGUAUGUGUAUUCAUAAUAGUUAAUUUUAAAAAUGUCCUGUCAACUAUUUACAAAAUAUGUUAUUUAUUUAAGAUUCCACAUAUAUUAUACUAGGUCAUAAAAUUCUUUGAAAAUUGUAUAUGAAAUUAUAGUUUAUUAUAUUUUAUAAUACAUUUAAAAACCGAGAACUUUGCAUGCUCAAAGAGUUGGAACUUGUUAUUAGUUUUUAUUUUAUUUUAUAUACUAUUUUAAUUUGGUCUUGUUACAUUCCAUAAUAAAUAUACAUAAAAUAAAUAAUUAAUUAUUAUUUUUAUAAGUAAAUUAUAUAAUUAAUAAAUUUGUUCUAGAAUGUGCCCAAACAGCUUAUAAUGAAUUACGUCCAUUCAAAUGUCUUGACUUGACCUAUAUUUCUGUGUUAUUAGAACAAGGAUUUGGUUUACCGAUAGAAACACCAGUCUCUGUAAGUUGGUUAGCUUAUAUACAAAUUUAUUAUCUAUUUAGGUUUUGAAAAUUUAAUCAAUAUUAUUAUAUCUUAUAGCUAUUAAAUACUAUUGACGGACACGAAAUAAGCUGGGCUCUUGGAGCUGCUUACCAUAUUUUACAAAAUGGACUUUAAUGGUUGCCAUUGUUCAUAAAUCAAAAAUUAAAUAUGGUGAAUGAAGAUCAAACAUUUUAGUUUAUAAAUUAGAUUUAUUCGGUUAUAUUUGUCAUUUAUUAUUAUGUAAAAUUUAUUAUUAAAAUACUAUGUGCUAAUAAUGAAACUAUUUAGUUGCUUUUUACGUUUUAUUUGUUUAUGUGAUAUUUGUUAUACCAGUCAACAUUCAAUAAAAUUAAUUGUAGAAAAUGCAUUUUGUGUAAUGUAGUUUAAGAAAAAUUAAGUUUUAUCUAUAAUAAUAACUUGUUUUAAUUUCAUAUUUUGUCUUUUCGUUCUCUUUGCAUUUAGCUCAUACAAGUGUAGUCGCCUACUUGUAUACUGGUUGAAAUGGUUCUAGCUUGAAGUAUUUAUAAAUAAUACUAAAUAAUAAUAAUAAUCUAUACCAGGUCAAAGGUUUUUUUUUUAACUUUCUCCUUGCAGUGAAAUUAAAUUUCUUAUAUUAUGACUCUAUAUAAUAUAUAUAGGUGGAUUUAUAAUUUGUUAUUUUUUUUACUCUCAUGGGGAUGUGUUAAGGAUCAACUUCUGAAAUUCAAAUGAGAACCUAUAUUCAAAAUGUCAUAAAUAAAUAGUAUUAGUUUAAAUAAAUUUUGAUGUUGAAAUUUUUUGAUUUCCAUCAACCCAUUAACAAGAUAUUCCACUUAUUAUUUAUGUAAAAGUUGUAAAGCUUUGGUAUUUUCACAAACUUUUGUAAACACAAUAACAUAGUGGAUACUUGGAUGUGUUAUAAAAAUACAAUAGGAUAUAGUAAAGGACAUAAUGUAUGUAGGGAGGCAGAGGAACACUAAAAGACAGUCAGAUGAGGUAUAAGAUUGUAGAAUACAUUAUUAACUUUAUUGGAAUCUUCACAAAUAGUGAUCUACUUAGAGCUUUAAAAUAAUACUCAUAUUGUUUGUGUCAAAUAGAAAUCUGAUAAAUACAAAACAUUGAAACUAAAAUAUAUUCAAUUUAUAUAAUCACCUAUUGGUAUACAAGUUGAAACUUUAUUAACAUAAAAAAAAAAAAAAAUCAGAACAUAUUAUUUCAAUAAAUCCCAAUAAAAAUUCCACAUUCCAAAUAAAUUUUUUAUAAUUAAUUAUAUCUGUUAUUUAAUUUAUUAAUCUACAAAAUUACAAUUUAAAAUGGUAUUAUAAUUUACAAGUAUUGAUGUCAAUGUCAAUUUUGUUGUAUACAUAAAAAAAAUUAAUAACUAUAUAAAAAUAAAUAAAUAAAUUUAAUACAUUUUAUCUACACACCUAACAAUACGUAAACUCAUAUUCAUUAAGAAAAUAAACAUAAAAUAUUAUUUUGUAUUAAUCAGAUUAUUUAAUUUUUCACGAAAUAAUUAAUAUAUUACAAUACAUAAUUAUCAUUUAAAUAGCAUUAAGUUUAUAAAAUGGUAAUGGUUGAAUUUACAAAAGAACCUUUAUGGAUAAUAUAUAUUAACUAAAUAGUAAACAUAUUAAAAUUUGUACAAAAAUUAUAUUUUAAUUUAUGUCCUAAGUCACUAAAUAAUAAAUUAUUAUUAAUAAUUAUAAAAUGUAUAACUUUAUUUUAAUUAGAAUAAUAAAUCAAAAUUUAACAAUGAUUGUAGUACAUUAUAAUAUUAUUGCUUUAAAGUUACAUAUAUAGUUUUGUGGUACAUUGUAUAUUAGGUUAAGUUAGUAUUUUUAGUCUUGAAUUUAAUCUGUAUCUCCUAGAAAAUGAAUUAAUGUAAUUAAAUAAAUAAAUAAUUUAAAAGAAAUAUUUUAUUAUGACGGUCUCAUUUUUAUCUGUUACUUAGUUCAAUUAAAUCUGACAAUCUCUAUUUCAUUUAAUAGUUCUAAAAUGAAAAAUAAUUCUGUAAUAGUUAAAUAUAAAAUACUAUUAUUUUAAAUCAAUAGAACUUUUAUUGAAUUAAAAAUAGAUUCAUUAUUUUUGUUUGGUUAUAAAAAAUACAAGUUUUGUUUUAUUGCUAUUAGAUAAAAUACAACUAAUUAUUUUUAUAUUUUUAAUUUAAAAUUUUAAAAAACUUACUUUACACAUAGAAAUUGUAACAAUAUGUCAUAUGAUAUUUUACAUUAGUCAUUGUUUCAUUGGUGGGGCGAGGUUAGUUUGUAAGGUGUAAAUGUUGAUAACUAAACAAAAAAUUACUAUUUAGUUCCCUACAAUAUAAAAUUUCAAUCAGUAAAAAAAAAACUAAAUUUGGAAAAUAUUUGUUUCAAAAUUUGUUGAUUUGUUAUUAUAAUUAUGAUAUACUGUUAAUCAAAGAAAGUCAUCUUGAAUAAUGUCAGGAGGAUAUCUCGUAGUUCUUCUUUUCAAAGAUCGCUCAAUAGAUUUUGCUCUUUCAGUUUUGGCAUCUUGCUCUUGUUUUUGCAAAGCUAAAAUUUCUCCAAUAGACACUCUUUCAAACAUUUGAUCAGCUUCUUGUAGUGAAUCCUACAAAUUUUAAAAUAAUUAAUUUUGUUAGACAAUGAACAAGUAAUUAACAUUCUUACAAUUUCUCCAAGUAAAACUACAUUUUCUCCUCUCACUAAAAACACACCUCUGGGUAUAUCACCAAAUUUCCUACCCACAUGUAUACGUUCAACAGUUUGUUGAAGUAAUAAAUUAGCAUACUGGUCAACACUCCUUAGAUAUCCAAUAAGCGUUCUACCAUCUCGUAAAAGAACCAUGAGUUUUUCUG